CAUAACACUCAUAAAGUCAUAAACUCAGUCCGAUCACAAGCACAACAGACUAUUUUAUAGAGAAUAGAAUAUAGAUUCGGAAUCCUUUUCGAAAUCUGGUAUUCUGGCCUCCAGUCCUCCACUUUCUAUAAAUGUUUCCAACAGUUUUCGAUUUUUGUUUUUCGACUGUCGUCUAAGAACAAAGCCAUUUUGGCAGACGAUUUUAGACAUUGUACUUUAUUAUAACAGUCAUAACUCAACAGUAGUUGAUUUUUAUAUUUUUCGUGCCAGAUCUAAUUUUUUUGUUUAUUCUAACAUACAAUUUACAUACCUUUAAUUGUAAACAUUAUAUUUGUCWGCCAGAGAAAUAUUCUUUAUGAUCCUAUUCAGGAUAUUUAAAUUUUUGAAUCCUUCAUUUCUUUUGUGCCCACUUACACGUCUUACAAACAUUUAAUUUGCUUUCCAGUAGACCAUCCUGCUACCUGCAUUGAUCCAGCUAUUCAAAUUUUAUUCCUUGUGAACAAAAUACUCGAAUAACAGUUUUUGUUAUUUCACGGCGAAGGACAACAGUUCACCAUCUAUAUAUUAUAUACCUUCAUUUAAAUAUACAUACCUAAUACGUAUCAUUAAUUUUAAAAUGUCUCAAUUUACUUUUGUAAAUGAUCUUAAAAGUGCUGUUAGAAUGGAUGAGCCCAUUACUAGCGGUCCAGCUCCUCGUUGGAUGAAGAAAAGCGUGGAAUCAACUUCAAGUUCUGCAAAUACRUCAAGAAAAACUAUUGACUUGAUGCCUAUCAAGAAAACACCAUCAAAAACACCUAGUAAAUCAAAAUCACCAGCUUCACGAUCAGCUUCUAACACACCAGCAAAGCCUAGAACACCUGGUGGUGACAGAUUCAUUCCUUCCAGAAUGUCAACAAAUUUUGACAUAAGUCAUUUUAAGAUGAACCAAGAAAACGAAAACCUUGACAUAAGUCCAACUCAAUCAGACUACAGAAAAGCUAUGUCUGAAAAUCUUCAUGGAUGUGACAUUAAUAAUGUUCGUGUUCUUUCCUAUCAGAACAAAGCACCGGCUCCUCCAGAUGGUUACCAAAACGCCUUAAAAGUAGUUUACAGUCAAUCCAAGACUCCCAUGAAUGUACGUGGAGCUACUCGUUAUAUACCGCAUGCUCCGGACCGAAUUUUGGAUGCUCCUGAAAUUGUUGAUGACUAUUACCUAAAUUUAAUUGACUGGAGCUUUUCCAACAUAUUGGCUGUCGCCUUGGGUACAAGUGUAUAUCUUUGGAAUGCUGACACUGGAGCCAUUGAUCAACUGUUAGAUUUAGAAGGUGCAGAUUAUGUUACUUCUCUAAGCUGGGUACCUAAUGGAAAUUUAUUAGGUGUUGGAACUGCCUUAGGACCUGUACAAUUAUGGGACGCAUCACAGACAAAGCGGCUGCGUAUAAUGAACAGUCACAGCUCAAGAGUGGGUGCUAUGUCAUGGAAUAGUCAUAUACUAACAACUGGCUGCAGAAAUGGCCAACUUGUUCACAAUGAUGUCAGACAAAGAGAACACAUUGUUGGUACAAUUCAAUCCCACACUCAAGAAGUUUGUGGUCUUAAAUGGUCMACUGAUGGUCGUUAUCUAGCCAGUGGAGGCAAUGACAAUCUACUGAAUGUGUACAGUGGCUUACCAGGCCAAGCUACUUACCAAUCUGAACCAAUAUACAGUUUCAGCCAACAUCAAGCUGCUGUUAAAGCAUUGGACUGGUGUCCGUGGCAAACCAAUGUACUAGCCAGUGGAGGUGGUACAGCUGACCGAACCAUCAGGUUUUGGAAUUGCAAUAACGGCCAGUGUAUCAAUUCAGUCAAUGCCAAUUCGCAGGUGUGUGCUAUUCUGUGGUCCAAAACUUACAAAGAAUUGGUAUCAGCACACGGUUUUGCAAAUAACCAGCUCACAAUUUGGAAGUAUCCUUCACUGACAAAAGUUGCUGAGCUCACUGGACAUACAAAUCGUAUUUUGAAUUUGGCUAUGUCGCCAGAUGGAUCAACAGUGCUGUCAGCUGGUGCAGAUGAAACCUUGCGAAUGUGGAAGUGUUUUUUGCCAGACCCAAACAAGAAGAAAGAACAUGAGAAGCGUACUUCUAGACCCACUAUACUGGGACCAGGCCUAAGAUAAAUAUUUUAUAUUUGUUAAUUUAUUUUAUUUUUUGUCAAUUAAACUUAUAUACAAUAUCUGUGUAAACUUUUUACUUGUGUACUUUUAGCUUUUUAAUUUAAUUUAUACUUUUACUCGCAUAUUGUACAUACUUUAACAGAUUUUUUUAUAAUUAAUAUAUCUAUUGUAUUAUUUAGGUCAAUGUAUUUUCUUGAACAAGUAAUUUUGUGUU